UCAACCGUAGCUGUGGGAGUGGCAUUUUUUAUAGUCGCUUCCGUUACCUCAAAUUCCCUCCAUUAUUUUCUCCUCCUGACGUCCUCUGUAUCUUCAAUUCUUCAUAUAGCUACAGUUCAUUACGUACUAAUGAAUGACGUUACUGACAAGAACUAGACCCAACACCAUCAAACAACUCUUUUUCUCUUCAAAUAGAGCCAAUGGUCACUUCAUUCAACAUUGCAUCGAAUAAUCGUCUAGUUCGACAAGGAAAACAAGUUCAUGCUCGAAUUAUACUUCGUUCAGUCAUUCCUGACAAGUUUCUUGGUUUGAACCUGUUAGCUUUUUAUGCUACAUCAGGUUUUUUAUUUGAAGCACGUCAUGUGUUUGAUAAUAUUCCUAACAGAAAUGUUUUCUUUUGGAACGCUACAUCAUAAUAGCCCAGAAACUUCAAAGCAUAUGCAGCUCAUGGAGAUAUACCAUCACAGCAACUUCCUUGUUUUGGAGAUGCUUACUACUUUUAUAACAGCCAGAUUGAGUAACAUUCACAGCCGUUCUAACUGGCUGUGACAUUUAGGAUUUCGACUCCAUGUUGGCAAAAUAUGAGGUUUUAAGUGAAGAUAAACAUUAUGCGUGUACGGUAGCAGUUCUGAGGCACGCCAUCAUUAACGAAGCAGCUGACGUCAUAUCUAUCUUUCCAAUUGAACCUAGUUCAAAACUCAGCAAAAGUGUGGGGUGCUGCGGCACUAAUAAUGGUGUUUCAGUUUCAAGAGAUUUUGAUUUCGGGGAGUUUGUUUGUAGCAAACUGUUUGAGAUUGAACCUCGAAACACUUGGAACUAUAUAGUUAUGACAAAUUUAUAUUCUCGAGCUGGAAUGUGAGAUCAAGCUGAAGUGGUUAGGCAGAGAAUGUAGAACAUGGGAUUGGAUGGGGUUUUUUUUUAUAAAGUUGAAAUGACACUCAGCCAAGAUUAUAUUUCCGGAAGAACACGGUAUGUUAUUGAUUCUACUCUGUAGAUGCAGGGUUCUGUCUGGAAUAAGAUCCACUGGGAUGUCAUUGCCAUUGAAGAACAACAUCCAUGGCGGGACUCGAAACCUCAAACACCCUGCAUUAGAUUAUGGAAAUGGAAUUAACACCAAAUUGGGGCUUACUAUAAUUGAUAAUUGUACUUGUUCAAUCACCAGUAUCGACUCAUCCAACGCAGCUGGGAUCGAAGACGGUCUGGAACCUAAACUAUCUUCCAAGAAUCUAACAUCUCAUUUCACCUCAUCUCCUCUUCUCAGUCAACCCCUAAAUCCAAUCUUCAUUGAGAGAAGGAGAGAAAAGAAAUGCCUUCAAAUCGUCGACGAGUCAUGCCGAUCCAGGGGAAUCAAAUUCGUUGAAAUUGAUUCUUGAAAGCAUCUUAGCAUUAGAAGAAUGGCAAACAUCUGCUUGACGACCUGAUAUGUGUCAGAAAAACAGGGAAGAUGAGGCGAUUUGAGAUCAAUCCUCUUCUUGAAAUAUUGAAUAUUAGAAGUACUAGCCGCAGCAUUCCUGGAAUGGCUAGAGUGAAUUCAACUGCAACAAAAGCAAUUCAGUGUUUAAGAUAUCUUGCUAGAACAAAAACAGGCGAAUAAGAUGAUGGCUGGAAAGCGGUAGAAAAAAAGUUUCAUGAGCUUGCACAUGAGGGAAGACUUCAUGGAGAUAAUUUUGGAAAAUGUAUCGGAAUGGAAGAUACAGAGGAAUUCGCUGGUGAGCUCUUUGUCGCAUUGGUGAGGCGUCAUGGAUUUGAUAGAGGAGGUAUUAGGAGAUAUGAACUGAUAGAGUUCUGGGGGGAUAUUUCGCAUGGUGGCCUUGCUGUGUGGCUUGAAAUAUUCUUCGACAUGUAAGAACUCUAUAGGUGCAAGUUGAAUGACAAGCUGUCAGCGGAUGAAUUGAAGGAGGUAUUACUGUUGGGUGCUUCGGCAAAUAAGCUAGCAAAUAUCGAAAAUCAUGCAGAAGCUUACGUGUGUCUCUGAUCAUGGAAGAACUUGACCCUGAUCACUCAGGGUACGUAGAGACUUAUACACUAGAAAGUUUGCUGAAGCAGAUCGUUAAAUAUGAAGACGAGGAAGCACUCGCGGACGAAGCCCAUUACUGUGCAAGGGUGAGGAUGUUAAAUGAAUCUAGAACCCCAGUUAUUAUUAGAAAGUAUCUAAAACAGAAAUUUGAAUCUGUUCAUGAGAACUGGAGAAGAAUCAGGAUUGCCACGAUGAGGUUGACUAUUAUCAGCAAGCGUGUGGACGUUAUCAAGGCUGUUAUACAUUCAGGUAGUGUUCUAGCAUUGUAUAUGAGGAAACCAGUAGGAUUCAAAUACAAGAGUGGCAUGCACAUUUUUCUCAAGUGUCCUGACGUAUCUCCAGUUGAAUGGCACCCGUUUUUUCUUACUUCUGUACCAGGGGAUGAUUACGUGAGUGUUCACGUUCGAACCCUAGGAGAUUGGACAACAUAUCUUAGAAACUUAUUUCAACAGGUUACAGCUUAAGCUCUAUGAGAUUGCCUUUUCUUUU